AUGGCACGUCAGAGUCUAUUGGGAAAAACUUCGCGGGUAAUUGUCGUCAUCUUUGUCCUGAUGGUGUUAGCCAUCGACGUCUCCAUCAAUUCGUACGCCUACUGGUUGAUGAAGAACAUUAUUCAACCAUCUCUACCAAUCGUUGAUUCCACCGACGCAUCCCGGCAAUACAGGCGCUCGAGUCGUAUCCUCCUCUUCUUUCUCGCCAACGCACUGCUAGCAGGAUGCGCCCUGCUUUGGAUCAUCUAUCUAUUGUUAUGCAAGCUGCUCAAGGUCAAUACAUCGCACAUGACGCGUCAAGACGAAGACAGUGGCUCAAGACAAUGCUGCAAGAAUAUGGGACUGGCCACCGCUGUAGCUCUUCACAUCACUCUUGCUGCCUUUUCCCUUCAUUACAUCCUCGGCUGGGAGCAGGACACUAGCACUCGAGACACAGGGGAAAGAGAUCUGAGAGGCACCUAUCGUUGUCUGGCUGCGAUUAUAGAAUUUGAUCUCGUCGUCAGUGGCAUCCAACUCAUUGUGCUAGGCCUCCUUCUUGUGUUUAUGCUGUGCGGCCAACUCAUCAAGCAUAGAGUUCGGGGCGCUGCCCAUUCCCGCACUCGCGCUCAUAAUGGGGAUCAAGAGUUUGAGCUUUGA